CCUCAAUUCUCAGAUACAAUCUACGCCAACUCCAAAUUUCUUUUCCUCCACUCCACUCCCCCUCCCCCUCCCCCAAGCAAAAAAAAAAAAAAAAUGAUGUCGCCGGAGCCGGACAACACUCCGAUGAAGCACCUGAUGAUCGGAUUCGUGGUAUCAUUCAUGGGUUUAUGUUCCAAGCAAGCUAAACGUGUUUCAAAGAAGCUGAAAACCAUGCCGAGCGACAUCACGGGGUCGCCGAGGUUCCACUUCCACUUACCACCCAAUUCUCCGCUCCGGACGGUGAAGCCAAAGAAGCUGCUGAGCAGCAUCAGCAACAAAGCGAUUACGUUUGUACAUCGCAAGAAGAAGGUCGGAGACGGAGGAGAUGACGAGUUCGAGGAGGAGUUCGGGGAUGGUGGGGUGUGGCAGAGGGCGAUCCUGAUGGGAGACCGAUGUCAGCCGUUGAAUUUCUCGGGGGUAAUAUAUUAUGAUUGCAACGGGAAGCGGCUGGACGAGCUACCGGUCCGCUCCCCACGGGCCAGUCCCUUGCCGGGGUACCUCACUCAGCGUCAGGCUCGGAAAGCCGAGCUCUCCGAUUAGGUCAACGGCGGACCGCCGAAUUUCAAUAUAAAAUCCCGAGUCUUAAGGUGAAAGGUCUUACGUGUCGCUGUUUUAGUGGUGGUUGUAUUGUCGGAGUUUUGAGGUCCAACCGUGAUCCGUUGAUCAAGUCUUUCCCGUGGAGUAAAGAUAGAUAGUAUAGUGAAGUCAUUUUUAUUUAUUUUUUCUUUAUUUUUUUUAUAAAAAAAAGUGUAAUUUAAUUUAGAUUGUAUUACAUUGUACAAUAUUAAUUAUUAGAUAGAGGUAUAAUUAUCUUUAUUUAAUAAUUUUUAUUUUACAAU